CCCAGGGAAACGAGGCGACGGCAUUCGGAGCGGGCAGGCGGCUCGCGCGGCUUCCAGUCAUGAGAGGUGGUGGCAAUACCAAUUGGAUAAUGGUGAUGGCUUUGGCACUGACCAUGUUUUGGGUCAAUGCAAAGGAUACAGAAGAUCACUGCUUAUCUGGAGGGAAGCACAACAUCAAUCCAAGCGCAAAAGAAGAGUUGGGCAUCUGCCAGAUUUAUGCAGAAAAUGCCUGUUGCUCAACAGAAGUUGCCCAGGAACUUUCCAAAGUCGGUGCUGGAUCUUGGAAUCGUUGUGGAAGCCUCAGCAUCAGGUGUGAGGAGUACCUUCAGCAAUUGGAUUGUUUUUACCACUGCUCCCCCAUUGCUGCUCAAUGGCCUCACCCUGAAAAACCCACAGCCCUGAUGGCUGUACCUCUCUGCCAGAAUUUCUGUGACCAGUGGUACGAUGCUUGCAGAGAGGAUCUGACCUGCCCUGGCAACUGGCCCUGGGGAGCUGAUGGACAUAACUGUAGUCAGGAAUGCCAUUCCUUUGGCCAGAUGUAUAAGGAUGGCAAGGAGCUGUGUGAGAACAUCUGGGAUGAUGCUUUCAUCGUAAGCACUGACCCUUGCCAGUGCCUGAUGCUGGAUGGCUCUGACACAGCCUUCUCCACCUCUUAUUCUCACCUCAAAGAGAGCAACAGCCUAAAAGAGAUAGACAUCAACAAGGCAGGCAAAGAAAGAAAAGAUCGCGUGAGCCCUUGCAGAGGCAACCUUUUACUUCAGCGUCUAAGAAGGAAUCUGCAGAAGCAUUCUAUUUUUGUGGAAGAUAUGGAGGGAAGUGGAAGUGGAUUCUAAUCCAAGGUAACCAUCCUUCCAGAAGAAAAAAAAAGCCCCCUCUCCAGUGAUUGCCUGGAGCUUGGGGGGGAUCGCUUGUGAUCUAUGCAAUUCUGUCACAUCCUAUACUACCAGCUUCCUGCCAUCUUCUACAACUCUUGUGCAUCUCAUGGCGUAGGCUGUGAAUCUGGCACUUUCCAGGACUCUUGAGCCCUAUGCCCUAGCAAUAGAGGUUACACCAUUAGGGCACCUCUUGGGAACUUGCCUGGAACCAAGAUUCCCCAAAUACCCAGAGUAGAAAAGGUGUUAGAGAACAGUAAGCAUUUCCCUCUCUGUCUUCUUUGUGUCCUAAGACCUGUCUCAAGGAAGAGUCGUCAUAGAACGCAAAACUAAUGAGCAUUAGUUGAAGGGAAAGCAUCCUUCAUAAGCAAUUAGCUAAAGGAUAAUAUCUGCAAGGGAGAGAAUGAACAGGGGCCAAGGGAGGAUGGAGUGAAAUAAUCAGUGCUGGAAAAGUUAGCCUCGGUUGUUGCCAUGGCUUCAAAUACAAUUGCAAGUAGGACUCAAGUAUAAUGGAAGGAUCUCCCUGAGCUCAAAGAAAAGGAAAAAUAGGGGAAGUUAGAUUAGAGACCAGGAUGGCUGACUUUCCUGUUUCAUUUGUAUGCUGGAAAGCAAUGGUUACUGGAGGACCAGCAUUGCUAGGUUACGAAACUGGAUUACAUCCAAAACAGAUUUCUUUUUCAAAGCAACCCAAUCUGAGUGGGAGAAGAGGGAGAGAGAGAUUGUGCAAAAGUGAGUGAUUACAUAAUAAACAACCCAUGUCAAGGAAAGGGUUUCAAAUCCUAGGAUAAUAUACACAGCAUCUAAACAGAAGUGGUCAGUGUAGAUAUAUGCCAGUCAAAAAACAUCUAAUCAAUGGUGGCGGUGAGAGUCCAAGAGUUGUCAUGCUCAUGUUCACAUCUUUACAUAGUGCUCCUUGAGCUUCUCCCACCAACUAUCCUCUCACUCUAAACCUCCCUUAUAUUAUACAUCCAAAACAGACCCAUCGUUAUCUGUCCGUCCAUCCUCAUUUAUCAGCUGUACUUCAUAUUGUUUACCUUGGCUACGCUUAUGACAAAUUUCAAAUUAUGGAUUGAUUCAAACCUAUUAAUAUUGUGGGGAAAUAAAAAAAAAAAGGAGUGCGUGUUUGUGUUUUAUUACGAGAAUGUGUGAAAAAAAAAAUCAAUGUAGAGGAUUGGAUGUU